AUGUCAUCAAACAGUAAUCAAAUUUCCAACAACAAAAAAAAGAAAAUCGAAUCCGAGGUUAUUGAAUCUCAAAAACUAGACGAUUACUAUGAUGUAACACAGAAUGAAGUAAAGUUAACAUCAAAAGCUAAUUCAUUUAGAUUUCAAACAUUUUCAGAAAAAAUUUCAAACAUCGAUAUUAAUAUUUUCAAUAAAGUAGGAGAUGUUGUAAUUGAAUUAGAAGAUGAUAAUGACUCUUAUUUUCACCAAACAAUUCUCGCAUGGAGAGAGUUGAAUUUAACCCAACACUUUAAUAAUUUUACAAUUCAUAUUCGUAAAUAUCACAACAGUCUCCCAGAAAUAAUUAUUCAUAAAGAAAAAAUUAUAGAUAUUUUAUUACAACAUAUUUCAAUUGACAAUUCAACUGCAUUAAAACCAUUAUUAAGUAUUUUAGCAGCAUUAUCAAGAGACUUAAGAUCAGAGUUCUACGAAUCAUUUUAUAAAAUUUUAAAGGUUUUAAUUACUGUUUUAAAAAAUACAAAUAAUUCAGAAACAAUUGAAGAGGUCUUUACUUCAAUUUGUUAUAUGUUCAAGUUUUUAGAAAAACAAAUUAUACCAAAUUUUUUCCAAUUAUACGAAGUAUAUUCCGAAUUAUUUUUCCAAAAAAGAAAAUAUAUUAGAAAGUUUGCAGCAGAAAGUAUUGCAUUUUUCUUAAGAAAGAUUACAUUUGAAGAGUAUGACUUGACACUCGAUCAAUUAUUUACACAUUUACAAGAGAAUCAAUUUGAAGAAGAAUAUAUAGACGCAUUUUCAAUAUUACUAUUCCAUUCAGUAAAGGGUGUUAAGGGAAAGUUCCAUUCAAGAACAGAGCAUAUUUUACCAUUAUAUUUAAAGAAAUUAAAUCCCGAUUAUUCAAUAUGUUCAUCUGAUUGUAAAAAUAAAGUAAUAGUGUCAUUAUUUCAAUUAAUUAAAUAUCACGGUCAAAAUGAAGGUAGCAAUUUAUUACCAAUUUGGGUGACAUUAAAAAAUGAAUCCAAUUUAAUUUUAGAAAAUUUAAAAUUAUUAAAUAAUAAUACAAUUUCAGCAAAUAAAAAAUCAACUAAUAAUAAAAAAUCAACUACAUUAGCAGCUAAAUCAUCAAAUAUAACUAAAGAAUAUAUUAAUAAUUUAUCAAAUCAAAUCGAAACUUAUUUUAUAAUAAUUAAAGAUUGGAUACAAGGCGGCAGUAAAGUUAUAGAUGUUGGUGAUAUAUUUUUCAUAAUGGAUAGAUUUUUUACAAAUACCAUCUUUUUAAAAGUUUUUAUUGAAAACGAUUUCUGCUCAACAAACAUAUUGGGCGUAUUAGCAAAAGCAUUCGCAAUUUCGAUGAGCGCCAAAGCUCACUACAAUCAGUACCGUGGAAAUAUGUUGGGAUACUUAGAUAAUCUCUUUGCAAUUCAAGGUAUUCAAAAUUCACAUUUAUUAAUUUUCCAGUUCUGCACAAGUAUUCAAAAAGACCAUUUAUUAGAUCCAACUAUAUCAAACCGUUUAAUUAAAUAUUUAGACAAGAAUACCGAUCAAAUGGAUGUAAAUGAAAUGUUAUCAUUUGUAAUUAGAGUCUAUGCCAUGGAUGAAAAUGAAGAGCCAUUGUACGCUGAUGCCAUUCCAUCGAUUAAUAUUCCAACCCUUUCUAAUAAAUUAGAACUUUUAUUAUCAAAUUUCAACACUAAUUUUAAUUUCAAACAACAAGAUUUCAACUCAAGUAGUUUAUGGGCUCUUAUUUCGUGUAUAACUUGCUUAACUCAAAACAAAACAAUUUUAUCAAUUUUAGAGAAAACUACAAGUCUUUUAGAGUCAAGAUUAAACUGGGCUAAAACCAGCAGCAGCAACACCAAAGAAGUUGAACCAUUAAUUUAUUUAUUAUCACAAUCUUUAAUUUCAUACUCAAUUCUUUUAUAUAAAUUAUCACAUUCAGAUUUACCAUCAUUAUCAAAUAGAAUUUUAAAUUUAUUAAAGUCAUAUCCAUCAAAUUUAAAUAUACUCAAGUUAUCUUCAAUUUAUUUUGAAAAAUUAUAUUUAUCAGAUACAAACUCAGAAUCCUCAAGUUCAACAAAGAAACCAACAAAGAAAUCAUCACCAGUUUUAAUUAAUAUCGAAUUAUUUAAGGAGUUAUUAAAGUUGUUUAAUAAUAAUUUAUCAAGUAAACAUAAUUCAAUUAGAAAAGAAACCAUUUCAACAUUAAAGAAUAUUCAUCUAUGCUCAAAAGGUCAAAGUGAGCAAGAUGAGGAUAUUCAAAAGGUUUUAGGUUAUUGCUAUGAAAUUGAAACUACUCAAUACCAUGUGCACGAGGCUCGUACUGUUUCAUCAAAAAUGGAGGCUAUUGGUUCAAUUUAUUCAAACUUCAAAGUUCCAUUUUUAAAUGAAUUACUUUACAAUUAUAUGAUGGGUUGCCUUUACAUUCGUUAUACACCAUUAUGGAAUGCAGUUCAAAAGAAUAUAGUUGCUUUUUGUAAAAAAGAUUCAUCAAACUUUUAUCCAACACUCUAUAAAACUUUACAAAACUCUGAACAAACUUUAUUAGAUUUAAAUAAAGAUAAAAUGUUGGAUGACGAAGUAGAAGAAGAGGAAGAGCUAAUUGAAGAAGAAGAAGAGGAAGAGGAAAAUAAAGAAAAACAAACUCAAGAUAAACAAGUUAAAGAAUUUGUAGAAGAAGAAUCAAAUUUCAAUCAUAUUUCAUUCGAGAGAUUAGUCAUCAAAGAUAAAUUAAAUUUAUUAUUUUUAUAUGAUGAAGUUUUAGAAAAAUUAAAUUUAGAAAAUAACAAGUCCAUUGAAAUUACAGCAAAAAAUAUUUUAUUGUCAUCAACUGAUCCAAUCAGCUAUAACUCGACACUCUGGAAAACAAUGUCUAUGAUUGGCUCAUUGAUUGAAUCACAAUCAAAAGAUAUCAUCACCUUGUUUUUAGAUUUCGUUAGAAACGAUUAUAAUAAAUUUUCAAAGGUAUUCAAAUCACCAUUACCAUUCGACUUUAAAGAUUUAGUCCAAGAGAGAUCUACACCUAAGCCAUAUUCAAAAUCUCAAGCUCAACAAUUAUUAAUUUAUUAUUUAGAAUUCUUCUCACAAUUCAAAAAACCAACAAAGAUAUAUCAAGAAAAGUUGAUGAGAGAUCUUUUUUAUCGUUGCAUUGACAUUGAUGAUCCAAAAGUUCAAUUCCAAUCGCUCCAAUGUUAUUUAUUGUGGUCUAAUCCAUCCGUUACACCAUAUAAAAAGAAUUUAGAAUCUCUUAUUCAAGAUAAAUCAAUGAGAGAAGAAAUGACCAAAUUCAUUAUUGCCAAAGACUCACCAAAUAGUUCCAUCGACAGCAGUCACAGAAAAGAAAUUAUUGAUAUUGUUGUUAAAAUUCUUUUAUCCAAAUUAAAUCGUAAAGUUACUCGUAGUUCAGUUGGCUCUCAAAGACUAACUAUUUUCGCUUAUUUCUCUGGUUUGACUAGUCAAGAAUUAGAACCAAUUGUAAGAAGAAUCCUCGCACCAUUCCAAAGCUUUUUAUCAAAGAACUUAAAGUCUACUGGUCCAAUUGAUCAAUCAUCAUUAUCAUUGUUACCAUCUUUCGAUGCCCAAGCUUACUUUUUAAAUAUUUUACAAGCAUCAAUUAAACAACUUGGUUCUUUAUUAACACCAUUUUUAGAUGAUAUUGUUAAAAUUCUUUUAGCAAUUUCCAAUAACUCUCUAAUUACCAACGUUGUAAAUUCGAAAGAUAAAAGACCAAAGAUCGUUGGUUCAAUAAGAUCUUUAACUUUCCGUAGAUUCUCCGAAAUUUUCCAACAAUACCAAUCUUGGGAUUAUAAAUCGUAUGUCAAAGAGCUUUUCAAUGUAUUUUCAUCCAUUUUACCAACAUUAAAUGCCUAUGGUUUACCAGUUGGUUUAAGAAGAUGUCUUUUAGUAGUUUCAUCAAAUCCAUCAUUAGUUGGUUAUUUAAAUCAAGAUAUGAAAUUAUUACCAACCAUUCUUUCAUUCAUUACUCACAAACCACACCAAGAUGCUUUCCUUUCAAUCAUCGAAAAUAUAUUAUUAAAUGUUGACCCAGAUGAAGCCGAGCCAUCAAUCAAUGAAAUUUAUAUGAAGGUCUUAACCCCACAUAUUGACUCUAUUAUAAAUUCAGUUAAAACCAUUUUACUUCGUUCAUCAAAGAAAUCAUCUACCAGCGAAACAUUAUCAUUAAAUCCAAGUAAACUCUCAAAGAGACAACUCUUAAUUUUAUCAGAACUCUCUAAAUUUGCUAAAUCAUCACAACAAGCUAGUGAUUUAUUAGAGCUUUUAAUUCCAUUCCUUAGAUAUAACAAACUACAAGAUGACGACGACCUUGUCUAUUCAAUUUUAAUUAUUUUCAAAAAUAUGCUAAGCUUGAUCGACAAUCCCGAGAAGCAUGUACCUACUCUUUCAACUCUUUUUGGUGUCUUUAAAACUCGUUUAACUCGUUCAACUCUUUCAGAAAUUUUCUUAGUUUUGGGUGAUAAGGUUCCAUACUUAAAAGAGAUUGCUCCAUAUUUAGAAAGGAUCAAUGCAUUCACAAAGAAAUCUGUACAAUUAGAAACCUAUGAUUACGACAAACGUUUACAAGGUUAUCACUAUAUUAAUGAUAAUCUUUUACAUAGAAUUGGCCAUAAAGAAUUGUUACCAUUGUUUAUCAAUUUCGUAUUUUAUCUUAAAGAUAAGGAUUAUUCAAUUAAGAGCAGUGCUACAACUGGUAUUUCAAGAUUAAUCAAAAUAGUAUCCGAAAAAAUCAAUGAAAAUGGUGAAUCAGAUGAUCAAGAAACCAACGAGAAGAUCAAUUUAUUCACUACUAUUUUUAUUCAAUCUAUGCGUUCAUCAUACAACGAUAAAGAAGUUAGAGAUGAAUAUUUAACAUUAUUUAAUCAAUUAUUAGUAGAGUUCAAAGGCCACAAAUCAUUCUAUCCAGAUAUUUUACCACUUUUAUGUAUUGGUGAAGACGACAAAAAUUUCAUUAUAAAUUACACUCAUAUUCAAAAGCAUAGAAAGAGACUUUCAUUCCUUCAAUUAAAGAACGUUGCCGAAACUCACAAAUUUUCAAUUGAAACUAUAAACCACUUUAUCUUACCACUUUCAGUUCAAGCAAUUCUCGAAACAACUAUUAAAGACCAUGGUUCUGCUAUUUUAGGUGAGGUCGUUAAAUCAUUGGGUGUUCUUGCUAAAAACCUCGAAUGGAAAGGUUACUAUCAAUUAUUAAGAAAGUUAAUUUCAACCAUGGACGAUCAUCCAAGUAGAUUUAAAUUCUUUGUUAAAUCAGUAUGUGAAGUCAUUGAUGAAUUCCACUUUUUCAUUGAUGAAGUUGAAGUCAGAAAAGAAUUGGUUACAGGUCAAGAAAUUAAAGACGAUCAACAACAACAACAAGAUGGUACUACCGAAGAUGAUCAAGAAGAAGACGAUGAAGACGAUGAGGAUGAUGAAGAUUUAAAUGAUGAAGAAAGAGAAUUAAGAGAGAUUGAAAAUGAACAAAACAAUUUAGUUACUGAGUACAAUGAAGAGGACCAAGAUGAAAAUGGUGUAUUAAAGGUUUCAAAAACUCAAGCAAACACAACUAUUAAAAUGAGAAAGAAGAGAUCUAUUGGCACUAAAAUCGUAAAAACCAAAAACAUCUCUGAAGAAAUUUUCCAAGCCAUUACAUCAGUUCUCACUCCAUCACUUCAAAAGCAUUUAAUCGAACAAAAAGUUAUUACCAGUUCAAAGAUGGAUACCGGUAGUGCUGCUAUUGCCGAAAGACAAAGAAAUGAAGGUGUAGUUAAUUUAUCAAUUGCUCUUGCAAUUCUUAAACUUUAUAAGCUUUUACCAAACGCCACUUCAAAAUUAUUGUAUCCAAAUAUUAUUGGUAAACUCUGCAUUGGUUUAAAGAGUAAAGAAUUCGAAGUACGUGAUACUACAAGAAACACCCUUGUUCAAGUUAUGGAUACCCUCGGUUUCCGUUUCUUCCCAUAUAUCCUCAAAGAUAUGAAAUCAAUUUUAAAGAGUGGUUAUCAAAAAUAUGUUUUAGGCCACACCCUUCAUGCUUUACUUAACACCCUUUCCAAGAAAAUUGAACCAGGCGUUUUAGAUAGUCAAGUACCAUCAUUAAUGGAAAUUAUUAUUGAAGAUCUUUUCGGUGAACAAGCAACCCAAAGAGAAAACAAAAAUACUCAAGAUACCUACCCAGAAGCCAAGACUGUUAAAUCAUUUGACUCUCUUCGUAUUUUAGCCAACAUUAUUCAUUUCAGUAACACAGAUUCAAUUAUUAAACCAAUUGAAGAAAUUAUCACCAUUUCAAACUCACCCAAACUCUUACCAAAUCUUGAAGAAAUGAUGAAGAAGAUCUCCAAAGGUCUUAGAUUAAACAAGUCAUUAGAUUUCAAGAAUUUAUCAAUCAUUACAUACCAAUUUAUUACCAAAGGUCUUAGAGAUGGUGAAAUCAAUAAUCGUAAGAAAACUAUUACUCUUGAUAAUUCGAUUGGUGUUGCUAGAAAGCCAACUUUUGAAGAAACAUUCUCUAUUCAAGCAGAUCCAUCAAAGAAAAAAAAUGAACCAAACGUUCGUCAAUUAGAAACACUUUCAUUCAUCUUUACCGAACUUGGUUUUAGUCUUUUAAUUCAAGCUAUUAAAAUUCAUAACUCAACCGAUAUCGAACAAUACAAGGCAAUGAUUGAUCCAUUUGUAUCCUAUAUUUCCAAAUGUUUAGAGCAUAAACAAUCAAGAGUAGUUUAUCUCUCAUUGAAAUGUCUUUUAAGAAUUUUCAAUUUUGAUUUACCAAGUGUUAAAACAUCAUCAAAGAGCCUUACUGUACAAGUUUUAAAGAGACUUCAAUUAGAUUCAGGUAAUGAAAAAAUCACCAACACCUGUUAUGAAGUUGCUACUUUACUUCUCCGUGAUACCAAAUCUGAACUUAUUAACGAAGAUCAACUCAAAGGUAUUCUUACUCUAACCCGUCAACAUUUAACAUCAAACGAACAAAACAUCACAAGAUCAUUAAAAAUGCUUCAUGCUUUAAUUAAACGUAAAGUUUUAUUACCAGAAAUUUACGACCUUAUGGAUUUAUGUGUCUCAAUGAUGAUUAGAUCAUUCAAGCCAUCAAUUUCAUCUUUAAUCUCAACUAUAUUUAUAGACUUCCUUUUAUUCUAUCCAAUGGGUGACAAUCGUUUAAAACAACAAGUAGCCUUCCUUCUAAAGAAUCUUACCUAUGAACAUGAAGAUGGUAGAUUAAUUGUUUUGAAAACUUUAAAUCAAAUCAUCAUUCGUUUCCCACAAGAAGUAUUAAAUCAAUAUGCCAUUGUUAUUUUUACUCCAUUAGUAGUCCGUUUAAACGCAGAUCCAUCAACACAAUGUCGUCUUUUAGUAGGAGAAAAUAUAGAACUCUUAGCCAAAGGUGUUAGUCCACAAAAUCAACAAAAGAUUUAUGAUGUUACAAUGUUAUGGUUUGAAAAAAGCUCAAACAAUUUAGCCUUAGCUAAAACAUCGGCUCAAGUAUUCGGUUUAAUCUCUGGCUCACUUUCAAACUUUGAAAACAAUGUUUCAAACAUUAUCAAACACUCUGUUCAAUUUAUUAAACAAUCAUUAAUCUCAUUAAAAGAGAAAGAAGCGUCCCUCACCAUUAUAGAUGAAAUCUCUGAAGAAACCCAAAAUGCAUCCCAAGUCCUUCCAGGUUGGCAAUUAACCUAUACCAUCUUUACAUCAUUUGAAAAGAUCCUCUCCAAUCAUCCAAAGGUUGCAACUCUUCAAGAAAUGAACGAAUUUUGGAAUAUUUCAAUCGAAUUUUUAAAUUAUCCACACAUUUGGGUUAGAACUAGUUUAACUAGAUUAUAUAAUAUUUUCUUCACACAAAAUUCAAUUUUAAAUACCAUUCCAAUCGUUAAUCAAAUAACAAGUUUAGAAAACAAUACAAUCAAAAAGAAAUCAUCAACAGCAACCAAACCAACCUUUUCACCUGUUUUCAAUACAUUAUUUAAUUCAAAAUCAAUCUUUGAAAUCACCAAAAAGCAUUGUUCAAUUUUAAAUAGUAGACUAUUAACUGACGAACUUGGCUUAACUAUCAUCAAAAAUUUAAUUUAUCUUUCAAUUUUAUUCUAUAAAUGUAAUAUAAUUAAAUUAAAUAAUAAUAAUGAUAUCACUCCAAAUAUAUUUUUAGAUAUUAAAGAGUUUGAUGAACAAAAAGAAGAAGAGCAAGAUAAUGUUGAUGAUGAUGAUAAAAUGGAACUCGAAGAACAACAACAAGAAGAACAGGAACAAGAACAAGAACAAGAAGAAAUGGAUCAACAAGUUGAUGAACAAGAUGAUGAUGAUUUAGUUGAUGAAAAACCACAAGAACAAGAAUCCUCAAUUUUAUUAUGGUUAUUUAAGAGAUUAUCAUACAUGUCAACCAAGCCAGGUUUAUUAAGAAGAAAAUAUAUUUUCAGAUGGAUUGCUGCUGUUUCAACUCAACUUACUACCCAAGAAUUAAUGCCAUAUCUCUCAAUUUUAUUAAUUCCUUUAAUUAAAUGCACAGAUGAAAAGAUUCGUUGUUCGCCACAAGAAAGAAAAUUAGCCCAAGAAGUUAUUGAUUUAUUAAAGAAGAAAAUAGGGUCAAGCAAAUUUAUGAAUAUUUACCAAGGUAUUAUUCAAGCCACUACAGAAUUAAGAAAUAAGAGAAGAGAAGAUAAAAAGAUUUUCCAAGUAACAAAUCCAAAAGAAUUCCUUCAACAAAAACUUGAAAAGAGACAAUUAACAAAAGAUAAAAAGAGAAGAAAGAAGAGAGAAUCUGUUAAAGAAUUAUUAGAUGAUAGAAAGAGAAUUCGUGUUUCCCAAUCAAAUAUUAAUAAUAAUGAUAAUUAA